AUGGCGGAAGAAACGAAAGAUGGUCCCCUCGAGGACAUGAGUGCCCUGCAGGACCAGCUUGAUGAGCUGAACGCUCAAAUUACCAAACAGGGAUCCCAUGUUCGACAAUUGAAGAAGGAUGGUGCAGGCGAUGCCAUCACCGAGGCCGUGGCCAAGCUUCAAGAACUCAAGGUCAAAUCUGCUGAACUCAGCGAAAAACUCGAAUCCGAUGCUCCCAAGUUCAACCGCAAGUCAUUUGAUGAUCUUGUCUUGCGUAAAAUGUUUGUCGUUCCAAGUUUUGAAAUUCACGGUGGUGUCAAGGGUCUUUAUGAUUUGGGACCUCCUGCUUGUGCCUUGAAGGCUGCCAUGAUUGAUCUGUGGCGCAAGCAUUUUGUGCUCGCCGAGAACAUGUUAGAAAUGGAAUGUACCUGUUUGACUCCCCAUGCGGUGCUCAAGACUAGUGGACACGUCGAUCGAUUCACUGAUUUAAUGGUCAAGGAUCCAGAAUCCGACGAAUGCUUUCGUGCUGACAAAUUGUUGGAGGAUGCCAUUGACAAUCUGAUUGAGGAAAAUCCCACAAUGUCCACGGAGGAAAAAGACAAACACCUCAAAGUCCAAAUUCAGGCUGACGCAUUUUCCCCAGAAGAAUUGGACAAGUUGCUUCUGGAAUACAAUUGCAAGGCUCCUUCGGGACAGAAUUAUUCCCCAUCUUAUCCUUUCAAUCUCAUGUUCAAGACCAGCAUUGGACCGGAAGGAACCGCUGUGGGAUACUUGAGACCCGAAACCGCUCAGGGGCUCUUUGUCAACUUUAGGCGUCUUUUGGACCUGAAUGCCAACAAAAUGCCAUUUGCUGCCGCCCAAAUUGGAUUGGGAUUUCGAAACGAAAUUGCGCCCCGUAGUGGCCUUCUCCGUGUGCGGGAGUUCUGCAUGGGUGAGAUCGAACAUUUCGUCAAUCCAAAGGAUAAGUCCCAUCCCAACUUCUCCUCCAUUGCUGACAAGGGACUCGUUCUCUUUGGACGCGAUGAUCAGCUGGGAUCUGGAAAAACAAAGCUAGUAUCGGCUGGUGAAGCUGUCAAAACCGGCUUGAUCAACAAUGAAACCCUCGCCUAUUUCAUGGCCAGAACCCAACUUUAUAUGGAGAAAAUCGGUAUGGAUCCCAAGCGUUUGCGCUUCCGACAGCAUUUGAAAACCGAAAUGGCACACUACGCAGCCGACUGUUGGGAUCUUGAAAUCCAAUCGAGCUACGGAUGGGUGGAAUGUGUCGGUCACGCCGAUCGGGCUUGUUACGAUCUCGAUGUGCACGGAAAGGCCACCAAAACACCCAUGGUUGCCACCACUAGAGUGGAUCCUCCGCAAGAAAUCGAAAUUGCAAAGCUUACGUUGGACCGGAAGGCUCUCGGAAAGACGUUCAAGAAAGAACAGAGAGUGGUGUCCAGCGCUCUGGAAGCACUGGCAGAGGAUUGGAGCACCUUUGAACCUAUUGCCACGGCAUUGGAGAAGGAAGGAAAGGCAAUGGUAGACGGUUUCGAGGUCACCAAGGACAUGGUCACUUGGGCAAAAACUUCGAAACGAGUCCACGAGAUCAAGUUCACUCCAUCUGUGAUCGAGCCGUCAUUUGGAAUGGGUCGUAUUCUCUAUUCGUUGUUGGAACACUCGUUUUACCAACGUGAAGCCGACGAACAACGCUGUGUCAUGAGGUUCACGCCUCAGGUUGCUCCCAGCAAGUGUGCUGUGCUGCCCAUUAGCAGUAGCGCCGAGACUAACGCGGUGGUGGACCAAAUCGCGGCAGAGUUGAUGGAGAGUGACCUCUCCACUCGAGUGGACAAGUCUUCCGCUGCAUUGGGCCGUCGCUACGCUCGUUCAGAUGAAUUGGGAGUUCCAUUCGCUGUUACUGUUGAUUUCCAAACUCUGGCAGAUGAGACGGUCACUUUGCGCGAGCGUGACUCCACCCGCCAAGUAAGGCUUCCCAAAGCUGAGGUUACUCCCAGCAUCUUUGCUAUUAUCCACAACAGGCUCACGUGGGAGAAGUUGACGGCAAGGUACCCGAUGGUGACGGUGGAGGAUGGUGCUUAG